GUUUAUUCUUUGUUCCCUCUUUUAUAAAUUCCCUCUUCCUUCUUAACUCUCUUAGUUCUAUUUUUGGAAAAUUAAAAAGAGAAAAAAAAAACCCCUAAUGGCUAGAGAAAAAAUUCAGAUCAAGAAAAUAGAUAACUCCACAGCAAGACAAGUUACAUUUUCAAAGAGAAGAAGAGGUUUAUUCAAGAAAGCUGAAGAACUUUCUGUUCUUUGUGAUGCUGAUGUUGCUCUCAUCAUUUUCUCUUCUACUGGCAAAUUAUUUGACUAUUCUAACUCAAGCAUGAAACAAAUUCUUGAGAGGCGUGAUUUGCAUUCCAAAAAUUUGGAAAAAUUGGAUCAACCAUCACUUGAACUUCAGCUUGUAGAGAAUAGCAAUUACUCCAGAUUAAGCAAGGAAAUUUCCGAAAGAAGUCAUCGAUUAAGGCAAAUGAGGGGAGAAGAACUUCAAGGACUAAAUAUUGAAGAGUUGCAACAAUUGGAGAGAUCUCUUGAAACUGGAUUGAGCCGCGUCAUAGAGAGAAAGGGUGAUAAAAUAAUGAGAGAGAUCAACCAACUCCAACAAAAGGGCAUGCAACUAAUGGAAGAAAACGAAAAAUUAAGGCAACAGCUGAUGGAGAUAUCUAAUAAUAAUAAUAAUAAUGGAUACAAAGAGCCAGUAGUAGUAGCAUUUGAAUCAGAAAAUGGAUUUAAUAGUAAUAAUGAAGAAGGCCAAUCAUCUGAAUCAGUCACAAAUCCAUGUAACUCUACUGGCCCUCCUUCUCAAGAUGAUGAUAGUUCUGAUACUUCUCUCAAAUUGGGGCUACCUUACUCAGGCUGAAAGGAAUCAAAAGCAAGGUGUGACUAUUUUUGUAUGUUAUCGGAUGGAGGGAAAAAAAUAGUAACUACUAAUUAUUAUAAUUAAUUAAUGUAAGAUUAAUGUAAAAGCUAACCCCAAAAAAUUUCAUAUUAUGUAUGUAAUUGGUGUAUUAAUCCCA